CUCCGUCGUCACUCUUCGAAAAUAAUCAGUAAUCACAAUAAUAUUAAUAAUAAUAAUAAUUCUAUGAUAUUAUGAUAAUACUAUAAUAACAUAGUAUUAUAAUAUUGUAAAUUGUUGUAAAACUCGAUCGUACGAUCGACGUCGUCCGACAACGGACAGGUCAAAACCAAACUGUACGUGUUUACUGCAGCAGCAGCAUUCGCUUCGAGCAGUACACCGUCGUACGUGUAAUACUGAGCUGUCGAGACGUGUUCGCGGCCCGUAUUAUUAUAUUAUUUUAUUAUCGCCGAGUACACUCUGAAGUGCUGACACGGCCGUCGCCGAUCGCGUUGUGUGCAGUCGUCGGUGCGUUAUUUUUUUUCUCAGUAGUUGCGCGCGCGUCGAGUCUUGUAGUUUAUCGCCAAUCGCCUUGCGGCCGUCUACCCGCUUCUUUGUCCCUUCCUGUCCGCUGUGCGCUACUGCUCUCGGCCGGUGUCCUCCUGUGCUCGACAUGACCAGUCCCGCGUAGUUAUGUGACGAGUGACGACUACAGUGCUCUACACCCUCUCUUGUAUAUACACCUAUUUACGCAACAGUGACGACGAGUUUUCCAAAUUCCGUUUUGUGUUCUUCCACUGAUGUUGGCCGGACGACGCCGAUCAACAUGGUUAAAAGAUCUGAUGCAACUGAUUCAAAAAAAAAUAACUCCAAACAUGAAAAUGCAAUCAAAUAUGGCGAACUUAUAAUUCUUGGUUAUAAUGGCCAACUAACUGCGGGUGACAAAAGAAGGCGGCGCAGUAAAUUUGUUUUAUGGAAGAGAGAUGUGGCCAAUGGAAUUCGAAGAUCUAAUCAUUAUGUUGUGCCCAGUCCUCAAAAUUCACAUGCGGUGCUAGACAAGAACCAGCACUCCAUAUCGUACACACUGUCUCGGACCGAGGCAGUGAUAGUAGAAUAUGUAAAUGAUGAGACAACUGACAUGUUUCAGGUUGGCCGUUCAUCAGAUUCCCCAAUAGAUUUUGUAGUGAUGGACACAAAUGCGGAAAAGAAUGCUGCAGCUGUUAACAAUGUACCUAUUGUUGAUAGUAAAAAGACAGCUGCAGCAAGUACAAUAUCUAGAUUUGCUUGCCGCAUAAUUUGUGACCGUGAAAAUACCAAUAUAGCUCGUUUAUAUGCAGCAGGAUUCGAUUCUUCUAGAAAUAUAUUUUUAGGGGAAAAAGCAACUAAAUGGAAAGACGGUGAAGAAAUUGAUGCUCUUACUACUAACGGAGUAUUGGUUAUGCAUCCAAGUGGAAAGUUCCACAAAGGAAAUACAGAACCAGGUAUCUGGUUAGAGGUUUCAGUUUGUGGUAAAUUAUUUUCUUUGCGUGGUUCUCGAUCUGCUCAACUUAAAGGUGAUAUGGUUGAUGAUUCAGACAAUAUUCUUACUGAUGGAACAUUGAUUGAUUUAUGUGGUGCAACCUUGCUUUGGAGGUCAGCAGAGGGACUCAGCUUAUCUCCUAGUAGAGAAUACUUGAAAAAGCUGAUUGAAAGGACAAAUCGUGAACGACCUACAUGUCCUGUUGGUCUGUACACAUUAGUAUUUCCUCAUCAUUCGGAAGACCAUGCUGCUGCUGUAGCAUCUUCAGAACUUGCCGAUAUAAAGCAACAGCCAUAUGCUUACUUACAAUGUGGUCAUGUCCAAGGUCGUCAUGCAUGGGGAUUAAAUAAAGACUCAAAUAGUAGAACAUGCCCAAUGUGUUUAAAAGUGGGUGGUAUAGCCAAGUUGAGUAUGGGCAUAGAGGCUUCAUUUUAUGUACAGGAUAAGGAAAAGCCAGAUUUAUAUGCCUUUAACCCAUGUGGUCACGUGGCCACAGAAAAAACGGUCAAAUUUUGGUCUAAUGUAGGGAUACCCUAUGGAACCAAUGGAUUUGAGGCAUUUUGCCCUUUUUGCGCUAAACUACUUGAAGGCUAUCCGGGAUAUGUUAAAUUAAUUUUUAACUAAAGUUUAAGAAGUACAUUUUUUAAACAUAAUUAUAAAAAUGAAUAGAUUUCUUUUUAUAGUUAAUAUUUAUUUUUCCUUGACCUUAUAAAGGUAGUGUGAUAAUAUUAGCUUUUUUUUGUCAAUUUGUGAGUUUUACUUUUGUCAUUGUUUUUAUUACAAUUUUUUUAUUUGUAUUUCAUUAACUGCAUAACUAGGUUAUGACAUUUUGUAAACUUAAAACUAUUUUAUUUAACUAUUUUUUGUCUUUUGCUUUUAGUUUAAUAUUUUUUAUUUUUUAUGUUAUUUGGUCACUUCUGCGUAGUACCAGUAAUCUCUAAUAAAUAUAAUAUUAUUUUUGUGUCUGAUUUAUGAAGCAGUUUAAAAUAGUAACUAUCUAUAAAAAAACUGUUUUGAAAAAAAAUCUCAGUAUUAGUUUUAAAAUUAUUAUUGAAUAUCUUUUGCAAUGUUAACAAUUUUUGAAGAUCUUAACAAUGUUACUUUUUAAAGAUCUUAUAAGCUAUAGUUAAAUUUAAUUAUCAAGUAUUUUAUUAGGGUUGCUAUGAGUAAAAGUUAAUUUUCAUCGGCUCUGUUACAUAUAUUUCCUAUAACCAAGAAUAAUGAGAACUUUAAAUUUCUUUUUAAUGAUGUUUUUUAAUCAGCAUAGAAAAACAAGAAGACAUUAAUGAUCACCGUUGGGUUUAUAAGUUGAAAUAAUAAAUACAUGAGCACUAUUAAUUGAAGUUGUGCGUUUGAAGAGGCCUAAGUAUUUUCAAAUAAUAAAAAUAGAAUACUUUAAUUUUUUAUAUUUCUAGUGAGAAAUUAAAAUUUUUUCUUUUAGAUACUAAGUGAAUUUAGUAAUAUUUUGCUUUUACAAUGAUGUUUUUUAUUUCAUUAUGAUCACUAACCUUAGGAUCAUAUAAAUGGCAACCCUAGUAUCUAUAUUUAAAUGUUUACUUUUGAAUUUAUUUUAUGUGGAGUAUUGUCAGGUUUUUUUAUAAUUAAAUGUAAUUUAAUUAUAUAGUUAAGGUUUUAAUCAAUUUAAGUAAUGUAUUGAUUAAAUUAUUGAGAUGUAUUUGUCAGAAGUACAACUAGAAUAUUAUAU